AAAGGCUAUGUUUGUCUCUCCUGACCUCAAUAUCUCUGGGCACUGUUAGUGUGAGACAGAAAAGAUGGCGCUUAGUAGGAGCGGCAAUCGCAGGGUAAAACCAUACUCUUUGACUGUGAAGACAUGCUCUGCGUCUGGGAAACUUAGUAGGAAAAAUAUUUCUCUCUCUCCUAAUGUUGUUCUUCCCAUUCGCACGAUCGAUACAUUUGAAGGCUUUCAAGAAAACCUUAACGAAGAAGAUGGGAUACCAGCAAAGAAAGCAGAAAUUAGAUGCCGUGAUUGCAGUCAGUGUGCGGAAUCCCUUCAUCGAACGAGGAAUGUUUUCCAUUUGGUUGAAGUAUGGAAGACUGAUUGUGAAAUGUUUGUUCCAUUACUUUUGGUGGUAUAUUACGUGACAGUCAGCAUGCUAACUGCUCUUCAACACAAUCACGUACUAUAA